GGAACAGGGAUAUCCAAGCACUCCUUGGGAGGAGAUGGGGUGCCACCUCUCAGGAGGGUCCCCGACUCCAUGAGGUGGUUUCUGAUGCCCCCUCCUCUCCAUCUCUUGCAGUCUCCAGGCCACAGACAUCCCCUGAGGACCUGAAGGCGCUGAUGGGGAACGUCAACCGCCUCAACGAGAGCUUUCGGGACAUGCAGCUGAAGCUGCUGCACCUACCUCUGAAGGGAGACGUGCUGGAGCACAUCUGGAGGCUCCAGGACCUCCUGCAGAACCACUCGGACUCCUUGUUCCUCAUGACGGGGUCACUGCAGAAGCUGGAAGGGCUUCUCUGGAGCCUGCAGACCCAGGCCAGCCAAACUGACAAGGCAGUGGCCAACCUCUGGGACAGCUUGACCCAACAGAGCGACGCGGCUCAGCAGGAGAUGUACAAGCUCUCUGUGGAAGGCAACAGCAGCCGGCUGCUGCUGCAGCACCACGACCAUCUCCUGAGCCACCUGGGCAGCAGGGUGGAGAGCCUGAGCGACCAGGUGACGGCCAUGAGCGGGUCCGUGGACACCAUCAACAGGACCUUCUCCUACGACGUGAACAUCCACCACACCCGCAUCCAGGACCUGCAGGUGCUGAUCAGCAACGCCACCGAGGACGCCCGGCAGAUGCGGCUCAUCCACAUAGCCAUGGAGGAGCAGCUGAAGCAUGAGCUGGCCAUCCUCAACAACGUGACGGAGGACCUGCGGCUGAAGGACUGGGAGCACUCUGUUGCGCUGAAGAACAUCUCCAUGAUACAGGGGCCACCAGGACCCAAAGGAGACCAAGGCAAUGAAGGGAUGGAGGGUGAACCUGGUCUUCCUGGCCUGCCUGGGCUGCGAGGGCUACCCGGCGAGAGAGGACCACCAGGACCACGUGGCUUGAAAGGGGACCAAGGAGACCUUGGCCCUCCAGGUCCAGUGGGGAUGCGGGGGUUCAAAGGUAAGGACCAGAAGCCUCUGUGCGUGCUCCCAGCAAAGAACGAGGAGAAGCUGCGGGUGUCGGAAGUGGCCAUGCACCUAUUUAGCAGGACAGAUCCGUCCCAGGAGACCUUUUGA